GGACCGCCACUGGAGUAUUGUUGGGGCUCUUCCUACGUCCCCCCGCCAAGUCUUUAGAAUCUAGGGGCCUGGCGAGUCUUGGAAAUGGUCUCCGUGGUGACGAUACUGCCAAAUGACGAUGCUUUCCUUCCCAAGGAUGGUUCUUCUCUACUGGACGGUGGUUGUGACUGAUUCACAAUGACAUCCUUUCAAGAAGUUCCCUUGCAGACUUCCAACUUUGCUCAUGUCAUCUUUCAAAAUGUGGCCAAGAGUUAUCUUCCUAAUGCACAUCUGGAGUGUCAUUAUACCUUAACUCCAUAUAUCCAUCCACAUCCAAAAGAUUGGGUUGGUAUAUUUAAGGUUGGGUGGAGUACUGCUCGUGAUUAUUAUACAUUUUUAUGGUCCCCUAUGCCUGAACAUUAUGUAGAAGGAUCAACAGUCAACUGUGUACUAACAUUUCAAGGAUAUUACCUUCCAAAUGAUGAUGGAGAAUUUUAUCAGUUCUGUUAUGUUACCCAUAAGGGUGAAAUUCGUGGAGCAAGUACACCUUUCCAGUUUCGAGCUUCCUCUCCAGUUGAAGAGUUGCUUACUAUGGAAGAUGAGGGAAAUUCUGACAUGUUGGUAGUGACCACAAAAGCUGGCCUUCUUGAGCUGAAAAUUGAGAAAACCAUGAAAGAAAAAGAAGAAUUGUUAAAGUUGAUUGCUGUUCUAGAAAAAGAAACAGCACAACUUCGAGAACAAGUUGGAAGAAUGGAAAGAGAGCUUCACAAUGAGAAGGAAAGAUGUGAGCACCUGCAAGCAGAGCAAAAGGGUCUUAUUGAAGUAUCGCAAAGUUUAAAAAUAGAAAAUGAAGAGUUUAAGAAGAGAUACAGUGAUGCCACAUCUAAAGCUCUGCAACUUGAGGAAGAUAUUGUGUCAGUGACACAUAAAGCAAUUGAAAAAGAAACUGAAUUGGACAGUUUAAAGGACAAACUCAGGAAGGUACAACAUGAAAGAGAACAACUUGAAUGUCAGCUGAAGACAGAAAAGGAUGAAAAGGAACUUUAUAAGGUGCAUUUGAAGAAUACAGAAAUAGAAAAUACCAAGCUUGUGUCAGAGGUUCAGACUUUAAAGAAUUUAGAUGGAAACAAAGAAAGCAUGAUUACUCAUUUCAAAGAAGAGAUUGGCAGACUGCAGUUGUGUUUGGCUGAAAAGGAAAAUCUGCAAAGAGCUUUCCUGCUUACAACCUCAAAUAAAGAAGAUUCAUUCUUUUUAAAGGAGCAACUUCGCAAAGCAGAGGAACAGGUUCAGGCAACUCGACAAGAAGUUGUCUUUCUGGCUAAAGAACUUAGUGAUGCAGUAAAUGUGCGAGAUAAAACAAUGGCAGAUCUACAUACUGCACGUUUGGAAAAUGAGAAAGUGAAGAAGCAGUUAGCUGAUGCACUGGCAGAACUUAAAUUAAAUGCUGUGAAAAAAGAUCAGGACAAGACUGAUACUUUGGAACAUGAACUGAGAAGAGAAGUUGAAGAUCUGAAACUUCGUCUUCAGAUGGCUGCAGAUCAUUAUAAAGAAAAAUUUAAGGAAUGUCAAAGGCUCCAAAAACAAAUAAACAAACUUUCAGACCAAUCAGCCAGUAAUGUGUUCACAAAGAAAAUUGGGAAUCAGCAGAAAGUGAAUGAUGCUUCAAUAAACACAGACCCAGCCACUUCUGUCUCUGCUGUAGAUGUAAAGCUAGCACUACCUUCUGCAGCAGAGACAGAUUUUGAUGUGCUAACAAAAGGUAAAGUCUGUGAAAUGACCAAAGAAAUUGCUGACAAAACAGAAAAGUAUAAUAAAUGUAUACAACUCUUGCAGGAUGAAAAAACCAAAUGCAGUAAAUAUGCUGAUGAACUUGCAAAAAUGGAGCUGAAAUGGAAAGAACAAAUGAAAAUUGUUGAAAAUGUAAAACUUGAACUAGCUGAAGUAGAGGACAGUUAUAAACUUCAAUUGGCAGAGAAAGACAAAGAAAUAAAUGGUCUGACUUCACAUUUGGAAAAUCUCUCCAGAGAGAAGGAACUUAAAAGGAAUUUAGAAAAUCAAACAGAAAGGAAAACAGAAGGCCAAAGUCCCCAACAGGUCUCACAGUGUCUCAACACAUGCUCAGAGCAAAAUGGGCACGUUCAUGUGCUGCCAAAUGCACAACCAGUUCUGCAAUAUGGUAAUCCAUAUGCAACACAAGAAACACGAGAUGGAGCAGAUGGUGCUUUUUAUCCAGAUGAAAUUCAAAGGCCGCCUGUAAGGGUCCCCUCUUGGGAAGACAAUGUUGUCUGUAGCCAGCCUUCUCGAAACCUUAGUCGGCCUGAUGGUUUAGAAGACCCAGAGGAGAGCAAAGAAGAUGAAAGUGCGCCCACUGCUCUUGAUCCACCAAGUCAGCAUUUACGUGGGCAUGGAACAGGCUUUUGCUUUGAUUCCAGCUUUGAUGUUCACAAGAAGUGUCCUCUCUGUGAAUUAAUGUUUCCUCCCAACUAUGAUCAGAGCAAAUUUGAAGAACAUGUUGAAAGUCACUGGAAGGUGUGCCCAAUGUGCAGCGAGCAGUUCCCGCCUGACUAUGACCAGCAAGGGUUUGAAAGGCAUGUUCAGACCCAUUUUGAUCAGAAUGUUCUAAACUUUGACUAGGUACUUUUUAUUAUGAUUUAAUACAGUUUAGCAAUUUAAAAGAAGUCACUUCAAAUAGACCACUAAGAAGACCACAAGGCACCACUUUCACACAUCUUCUACCAUACUUUUCUGACCAGGAGCUACUUUGAGUUUGGUGUUGCUAGGGUCAGGGUCAGUCUUUGGCUUAUCAAUAAAUAUAAUUUUAACCUAACUAUUAAUCUUACUUGCUUUAAGAAAAGUUCUCGUGUGUUUAUAUCUUUAUUUAUUCUCAUUUGCAAGAUUGUAUGAAAAAAGGAUACAGGAAUUAUUUUAAUGUUACUGCACUGAAAAAUAUAUAUGUAAUAGUGUGCUAGAUUACUUAGCAGAGUAUUUACACGUUUCUCUUAACCUUGUUGAUUGAGCAUGACUACUAAAUAUUAUGUAAUAAAAAGCAUUGAUCAUAACA